GUUAACAUUUUGCUGAGUACUGCGUUCAUUUGGGUAUUUAAUAUUAACAAAAAUGGUUACUUUGUCAUAAUUGUGUUUCCUUUUUUUUGUAUUUUUAAGUCUAAAAUGAUGAAAUUUAGUUUCUUUCUUUAAUUUAUUUAAUAUUUUUUCAUCUUCACAUUGAAUAGAAGCCUGAAUGUAAAAUUAAAUGCCUUCUUAAAUGGUUCACUACAAUUUAAGAUCCAAGACUCAGGCUUUACGUCGGAGAUCAGGUGAAACCUUGGACCAGCAACAUCACGAGAAUCAACAACGCCAACAACAAUCAUUACCAUCAACUUCUCAUUCAACUCCAUCAUCACCAUCAUCGCCAAUAUAUUCACCAACAUCAGCAAAAAAAGCCCGUAGAAGCCUUUGCUCUCCAUUGUCUGGUAUUUGUAACUCCACAAAAGCUUUAUCUUCACCAACAAUAGUAACAGCAACAGCAGCUACAGCAGCAGCAUCAUCAGUAUCUAAUUCUGGUAAUCGAUAUAGAGAUUGUUGUACAGCAAUGGAAGAAGAUUAUGCAAAUGAACAGAAAAAUGUACAAUCUUUACCAGAAACAUCAUCAUCGAUUUCAGCUUCAUCAUCCUCAUCAGCUUCAUCAAGCUCAUCCACUUCAUCAUCAUCAUCAUCAUCCUCAUCGUCAUCAUCCUCACUAUCAGGUGAAGGAAAUAAUGUAACACCUAAUAUUUGCUCUAAUAGCUUAUCAUCUAAAGGGCGAACCAGUGGUGUUGGUAGUGUUAAUACUACAAGUAAUAAUGGAAAUAUUAUUGAUAAUAUCAGUAACACCAAUAUCAAUAUCAAUUCCAACACCAAUGCCAAUGCUAAUAAUAAUAGCAACAACAAUAACAACAACAAUGGUUCUAGUAACACAAACAAUAAUUCGAACGAUAAUAUUAAUAGUAGUAGUAGCCAUAGUGGUGCUGUUGCUGUUAAUAAUGAAAACAAUGGCGUUAGUGGUGUUAUUGGAAUUAGUAGUGGCAGUGGUGACCGUGGUAGCAGUGGUGGUGGGGGAAGUAGUAGUAGUAGCAGUUUGCCUUUGUCUUCCUUAUCUAGCUCUGGUGCUUUGGAUAGUGAACCUGAUGAUAAUGAGAUGGGUAGAUUACAAGCACUUUUGGAAGCAAGAGGUUUACCACCACAUUUAUUUAGUGCUCUUGGUCCUAGAGUUCAUCAUCUUCUUCAUCGAUCUAUGGGAAAUAAAACGAGUAGUAGAGCUCAUCAGUUGAUUCAAGGAUUACAAGCUCAAGGAGAUGAAGGACAACAGUUACAGGCUGUGAUGGAAAUGUGCCAAUUACUUGUAAUGGGAAAUGAAGAUACUUUAGCAGGUUUUCCAGCAAAGCAAGCAGUACCUGCUUUAAUAGCAUUACUUCAAUUAGAACAAAAUUUUGAUAUAAUGAAUCAUUCCUGUAGAGCAUUAACAUACAUGAUGGAAUCAUUACCACGGUCAUCAGCUAUCGUGGUUGACGCUAUUCCAGCGUUUCUUGAGAAACUACAAUUUAUUCAAUGUAUGGAUGUUGCAGAGCAAUCAUUAACAGCCUUAGAGAUGCUUUCUCGACGACAUAGUAAAGCUAUUUUACACGCUGGUGGUGUACCUGCUUGUUUAUCAUAUUUAGAUUUUUUCACAAUUAAUGCUCAACGAGCUGCACUUUCAAUAACUGCCAAUUGUUGUCAAAAUUUAACCCGAGAAGAAUUUUCUUAUGUUAAAGAUUCAUUGUCUACAUUGGGUUCCCAUCUGGUUAAAUAUCAAGAUAAAAAAUGCCUUGAAAGCUUGUGCUUAGCAUUUUCUCGAUUAGUGGAAAGUUUUCAACAUCAUCCAGAAAUUUUGCAACAAAUUACCGAGAACAAUUUAUUGUCAAAUAUUCAACAAUUAUUAUUGGUAUCACCACCAAUAAUCAGUACAGGAACAUUUGUAAUGGUGAUAAGGAUGUUGGCUACAAUGUGUGCUUCAUGUCCUCAAUUAGCAGUACAACUUCUUAAAUUGAACAUAGCCGAUACAAUUCGUUAUUUAUUGGUUGGUUCAAGUGCAACGAAAGAAUAUAUUGAAUUGACCACAAGAAGCCCACAAGAGCUUUACGAGAUAACUUCACUUAUCGGAGAAUUGAUGCCAAAGCUACCAACUGAUGGUAUAUUUAGUGUUGAUGGAUAUUGGUUGAAGCAAACAAAUGUGAUUCCAAGUGGAGUUACUUGGCAAUGGAAAGAUGAUAGAGGAAUGUGGCAUAAUUAUAGUGCUAUUGAUAGUAAAAUGAUCGAAGCUGCUCAUUUGGCAAGUGAAGAUGAAAUGAGUUUGACUACAAUGGGACGUACAUAUGUGAUAGAUUUUAAUUCGAUGCAACAAAUAAAUGAAGAUACUGGGACUUCACGUUUAAUUCAACGUCUAGUCAAUAAUUCAGAUGGAACAACAUCAACAUCAUCAUCAUCUGGUUUAGGUUUAUCUGGAGCUAUGAUGAUGAUGAUAUCAGGUGCAACAUCAGCCUCAGCAGCCGCAGCAGCCGCAGCAGCAUUAGGAGUACCUACAACACCACCACUAUCAUCCUCAUCAUCAUCAUCAUCACCAUCAUCUCAAGUAACAACAACAACAACAACUAAAUCACCAACAUCAAACACGAAAAAAACAAAAAUUGUUGGAAAUGAUACAAAGACUCCUUUGAAAUCUUGUAAUAAUUCAAUGGAUACAACGCCAGGUAAACAAGCUGAAAAUGAAGAAAUGGGAAAAGAUGUAAAUCCAAGCAAUAAUUCAAGUACUCCAAAUAAUACGCCACCGAAUAAGAUGCAUAAUCAUAAUAAUUCGCAUUCUUCUAUGAUGAAAGCAAUGAUGAUGAGCAAUGUUAAUGAAAAUGAUGCUCGAAUUCAAUGUUUAAAAGAAGAACCUGAAUUAGCAGAGUCUUUCAUAAAAAGUCUUUUUGGUGUUUUGUAUGAAGUAUAUAGUAGCUCUGCUGGUCCAUCAGUACGACAUAAAUGUAUUCGAGCAUUGCUGAGAAUAAUUUAUUAUUCAUCUUCUGAUCUUUUGCGAAUUGUUUUGAAAAAUCAUGCUGUAUCAAGUCACAUUGCUGCAAUGUUACCAUCUUCUGAUCUUAGAGUAGUUGCUGGUGCUAUUCAAAUGGUUUACAUAUUGAUGGAAAAGCUACCUGAUAUUUUUGCUAUUUACUUCCGUCGAGAAGAACAACAACAAAAGCAACAACAACAAACUGGUCAAAGUACUUCAUCGUCUCCGUCAUCUUUAAUUGGUCAAAGUUAUGUGUCAUCUUGCUUUCUAGAAUCUGGAAGUCCCUUGACAGCGUCCAAUGCCACUAUUACAGCUACUUCCUCACCAUCAUCAUCGGCAUCGCCUCCAUCAUCAUCACCAUCGUCUGCAACUGGAAUAAUCACAAGAUCAAACAAAUCUCCAGUCUCCAAAACAAAUGAAAAUAUUGUGGAUUCCCGUUCUUCUCAAUUAAGACUUAGUGAUGUCCUUAAACGGAAACGUAGUUCAAAGAAAGGAUCAACAAGUGGUUCACCACCAGCAUCAUCCUCUUCAAGUUCGUCAUCUUCUCUGAGUAGCAACAGCAACAGUAAUAGCUGUAGUAGCAAUAGUAACAGUAGCAGCAUUGGUGGAGUUGCUGGAAGUAUUGGUGGUACAAGCAGUAAUAGUAAUAAUAGCAGUAGUCGAAGUAAAAAUCGAGGUGGAAUCGACUCUUUGUCUAUGCAUUUUAACAAUUGUAUAAAUUCGUCAUCACCAUUGCCAUUAUCCAACAUGCAUGGUAAUAAUCGUGGAGUUAGUGGUGGUGAUUAUGAUCCAAUGACAGCAAAUUUAAGUUCACACUUUUUUUCGACUCCUUAUCUUUCAAUGCCAUUCUUUCCAUACUCUGGAAAUAGUGGUACACCUUCAUCUGGAAAUUCAAGUGCAGCAUCGUCAACUCCAGCAACACCAAAUACAAAUAGCACUGAUGCUCAAACAAAUUACAAUAAUAAUAACAACAAUAAUAAUGUUUUGACGCCAACAUCUUCAAAUAUAAUUGGUCCACAAAGAGGAUUACAUAAUAAUUUGGGAUUAAAUGCUUUUGGUUCUGGUUGUCCAUUUGGUGUAACUCCAUCUUCUCUUGGAUUUGGAUCAUCAAGUGGAUUAUCUUUGAAUAAUAAUCCAACUGCUUCAACCUCAACAUCUUCAUCAUCACUCGGAGGAGGCUUACCAGCAGCUCAAGCAGCAGCACAGGCAGCAGCACAAGCAGCGGCUUCCGCAGCAGCAACAGCAACAACAACAAGUCGAGGUAGCAGUCGAUCUUCAUCUAAAUUAAGUUCAGCUGCAGCCAAGACGUCAUCAUUUUUUGCCAAUCUUUAUCCAGCUCGAUGGCGUCGAUGGAAUACUGCAGGUCCCAAUAUAAUUGGUUCUAAUGCAGGUUCAAAUCUAAGUAAUCGUAAAUCGAUGCUGAUUUCCCAAUCACAAGAUCAAUUGGGUCAUCAUCAUCAUCACCAUCAUCAUUCUCACUCCCAUCAUCAUGGCCAUCAUAGUCAUGGUCAUCAUAGUCAUAGUCACCAUCACCACUCUUCUCAUUCACCUUCUUCUUCUUCUCAUUCUCAUCAUAACCACUCACACCAUUCUCAUCAUCAUCUUGCAGGUUCAUCAUCUUCGACAUCAGGAUCACCUCGAUCUCCACAUUCUUCCCAUUCAUCUAAUGGUAAUAAAGAGAAGAUACGAAGUUGGAUAAGAGAACAAGCAAAGGCAUUUGUUGAAAAAUAUUUCAACAAUGAGAAUGAAAUGAAUGAAGCAAUGAGCACAUUAAAUCGUAUUAAUGGAGCAAUAGAAAUAUUUGAAAACAGCUGUGAUUUGGAAGGAUUGAAAGAAUUUCGAAGUGUACUAUUGGAUGGAGACAUUUCUCCAUUUGAAUUAAUUAAUUGUGGAAUAAUUGGUAAAUUAAUUACACAUUUAACUUUCACCGAGGAUGGAGAGGAAGAUAGGAAUAUGAGGAUUCGACGUUUUCUUCAUGUUUUCCUGGGAACUCCUGUUGAUGAUAAUACUGUGAUAAAUGAUGAAAAUGAAUUGAACUUGGAUACUCGGCCAAUGUCAAGUCUUGUCUCAAAAUUAAAUGCUUGUAUCUCACAAUUGGAGCAAUUCCCUGUUAGAGUACACGAUGUGAUUGGAACUGGAACAGGUAACAUAAGGGGGACAAGUGCAUUGAAAUUUUUCAAUACCCAUCAAUUGAAAUGUAAUUUAGUUAGACAUCGAGAUUGUACUACUUUGAAACAAUGGAGAGGUGGACCUGUUAAAAUUGAUCCAUUGGCUUUGGUGCAAGCAAUUGAAAGAUAUUUGCUAUUACGAGGUUAUGGUCGUGUUAAAGAAGAUGAUGAUGAUGGUAAUAGUGAUGAUGAUAAUUCAGAUGACGAUUUUGAGGAUAAUAUGGCAUCAGUUGUGAUGAAUCAGGGCCAAGGUCGUCAUAAGAUACAAUUUUUAAUUGAUGAUCGUAUUCUUCCAUAUAAUAUGACAGUUUAUCAAGCUAUAAGACAAUUUAGUGGAGGAUCAGGUAAUUCUCAAUCAAUUGAUGGUCAUGAAACUGAUACUGAUUUUGAUGGACCAAUGGGUAAUUCAAAUAUGUGGGUAACAACUCAUACAAUAUAUUACCGUUCAUUGAAUGAUAGAUUACCAAGUGUAUCUUAUCCAUCAGCUUCGACAUCUUCAACAAACUCAACUCCAACUUCAACUGCUGGAAUUAUUGGUACUAAUACUAAUACUAAUAACAAUAACAACAACAAUAAUAAUAAUAGUCGAAGUAGUCGAUCUGGACGAGGAACAAUAUCAGCAGCAGCAUUGUUGUCAGAUAUAACGCCAAUAUCAAAUAUGACAAAUACAGUAGGAUCAGGAUCGUCAUCAUCAUCAUCAACACCAUCCUCUUCUGUUUUGAAUCAUCAUUUAACUUGCUCAGGAAAUUGUGCUUCAAACAAUGGUCAUUCCUAUUCUUAUCCUUCCACAUCAACAUCUUCAAUGACACCUUCAUCAUCAACAGCAAUUUCUGCAUCUUCUGGUAUUGGUAGUAGUGGUAUUAAUACUAGUAAUACUACUACCUAUGGACGUCGUGCAGCAUCAAAAUCAGCAAAUAAAAACUCAACAUCAAACUCUCCAUUAUCUUUUCCGUCAUCAAUAUCAUUAUCAUCAUCAUCAUCAUCUGGAUCAAAGAAGAAAGAUGAAUUAUGGCUUGAAGGGAAAACACCAACGAUCUCAUCAAUAGUAUACAAUUAUUUGAUUCCUUCAUUGCCAAAUUGUGUUAAUAUUGAAGAUUCUUCUUUGGAAGUAAUGAGUCUAUUGAGAAUUUUAAAUGCAUUAAAUCGAUGUUGGAGUUGGUUCUACAAUUUAACAAUCAGUUCAAAUCCUGCCAUACCGCAAAGUGAAUUUGUAAAUAGUAAACUAACAGCCAAAGCUAAUCGUCAACUUCAAGAUCCACUUGUGAUAAUGACUGGUAAUUUGCCCCAAUGGUUAUCUCAAAUAGCUUAUGUAUGCCCAUUCCUGUUUCCAUUUGAGACUCGUCAUUUAUUAUUUUAUAUAACAUCAUUUGAUCGAGAUCGAGCUUUACAACGUCUUUUAGAUACAACACCAGGAUUGAAUAGUAGUGAUACUAGUGAACGAGUAACACCGAGAUUGGAUAAAAGAAAGAAAACUGUAACUCGUGAAGAUAUUUUACGACAAGCUGAAUCAGUAUUUCAUGAUAUUGGUAAUUCAAAGGCAUUGUUGGAAAUUCAAUAUGAGAAUGAAGUUGGAACUGGAUUAGGUCCAACAUUGGAAUUUUAUGCUUUAGUUUCAAAAGAAUUACAACGAGCUGAUUUAGAUAUGUGGAGAGGUGAAGCAAUUACUUCGUCAAGUGUGAUUAUGCCUCUUUCAUAUUCAAAUGAUAAAUUAGCAACAACAGGAUCACCACAUUAUGGAUCUAAUGAGAUGAUGAUUGAUAUAAAUCAAUUGCUCAAGAAUGAUGUUACCAAAACAAAUCGUAAACAUUGUAAUACUAAUCUUAUUCAACAAAACCAACAAAAUCAGAAUCAGAAUCAGAACAAGAAUCAGAACCAAAAUCAUCAAUCACACCGUCAUCACCAAAAUCAACAACACCAGCAGCAACAGCAACAACAACAACAACAACAAUUAUUGUUACAACAACAAGCACAACAAGCCAUUCAAUAUAUUUACUCUUCUGAAGGUUUAUUUCCAUCUCCAGUUGGUAAAUCAACAAAAACUACCUCUUUGUCCAAAUUAAAAAGUAGAUACAGACUACUUGGAAAGUUUAUGGCCAAAGCAUUAUCUGACUCUAGAAUGGUUGAUAUACCUUUAAGUAUACCAUUUUACAAAUGGCUUUUGGGUCAAGAAUCCACUCUAAAUGUGUCAGAUAUGCAUUUUAUUGAUUCAACUUUAGCAAAAUCUGUAACAAAUAUGUAUUUAAUUGCACAAAAGAAAAAUCUCAUGGAAAGAGGAGUUUCUGGACUUAACCGAGAAUCCUUAACUUUAAGUGGAGUUGAAAUUGAAGAUCUUCAUCUUGAUUUUACUUUGCCUGGUUUCCCACAAAUUGAACUACGUAAAGGAGGUAAAGACAUGUCUGUUACAUUGGAAAAUAUAGACCAAUAUUUACGAUUAAUGGUACAUUGGACAAUGGUUGAAGGAGUAUCUCGACAAAUGGAAGCUUUCAGAGAAGGAUUUGAAUCUGUUUUAUCAUUAGCACAACUACAAAUAUUUUAUCCAGAAGAAUUGGAACAACUUUUCUGUGGUUGUAGUCACCAAUCAUGGGAUUUAAAAACACUGAUUGAUUGUUGCCAUCCAGAUCAUGGUUAUACCUAUGACAGUCGAGCAAUUAAAUAUUUAUUUGAAGUACUAUCGUCAUUUAAUGGUGAUGAACAACGUAAAUUCCUACAAUUUGUGACUGGUUCUCCUCGUCUUCCUGUUGGAGGAUUGAAAAGCCUAACACCCCCGUUAACUGUUGUACGGAAAACUUUUGAACCUGGUGAAAAUCCUGAUAAUUAUCUUCCUAGUGUAAUGACUUGUGUAAAUUACUUGAAACUACCAGAUUACUCUAGCAUUGAAAUAAUGCGAGAAAAACUAUUGUUUGCUGCAAACGAAGGACAACAUUCUUUCCACCUCUCCUAAAACUGAUGUACUCCAACCUGAGUAAACGCAACUUCAAUGACUACUUGUAAAUUUCAAACAGUGUAACUAAAUCAACCCAAGAUACAUUUUAUUUCUUUGAUAUUCUUUUGCUUUUCCAUCCAGUUGAUUUAAUCACAAUCAAAGAUGAGGAAAUUACCUUCAUUUAUUUUGUUUUCACUAAUUUUCAACUAACUUACUUUAUUUUCCUCUGUAUUGGUGCUGAUUAACAUGUUGGAAACAUGUUUAUAAUGUAACAAAUUAAUAUGUUUUCCGUUCAAAUAUAAACAAUCAACAAGAUUGCAAACUCUGUUUAAAUACUAUCACAAUUAUCAUAUUUACUCGAUUCUUAAAAAUAAAAAACUUUCAGAUGCAAUU